AUGCAGUCGGGAUUCAUUAGGGGUGAUUCCACAGUGAAUCAGCUGAUUGAUUUUGUUCAUACAAUUUAUCAGAAUGGAGAUAAAGGGCAAAUAACCAGAGCUAUUUAUCUCGAUUUUAUUAAGGCGUUCGAUCGUGUUUGGUUAAGAGGAUUACUGCAUAAAUUAGAAAUGAAAGGUAUUUGCGGCUCACUACUGAGUUGGUUUCAGAGCUAUGUCUCUGACAGAGAAAUAAUAACAGUGAUUAAUGGAAGUCUGUCUUUAAACCAACUAAAAUUAUACCACAAAUACAUUACUCAACCACAUAUUAAACGAAAUACAUUUUCCAGUAUUAUUAACAAAAAGUACAAUUUAAGUAGUACAGUUGGUGGUUGCGAAGAUGUAUUUGAAGAAAUUUUUGGCGAUGUAUUAUUAUCACGUUUUUAUCCAUCAUUGUUUAGAAAUCAAACUGGUAUGAAACAUUGUCGAGGAAUUUUACUGUAUGGUCCAGCGGGGAUGGGGAAAACUUUAAUAGCAAGAACCAUAUGUCAACUGUUGGGAACACAGCCGAAAAUAGUCAAUGGCCCCAAGGUCUUUAGUAGUUUGUUAGGCGAAUCCGAAGCAAAAAUACGAGAAUUAUUAUUGAUGCUGAACUGGAUGAAAAAAAUAUUGAAGAUAGUGGUCUACAUGUCAUUAUUUUUGAUGAGAUCGAUGCCGUAUGUAAACGAUGAUCGGCAAAUGCCAGCUCAACACGUGACACUGUACAAGACAAUGUUACCAGUCAGUUAUUAA